AUGCAAGGCUUCAACAUGGGACGGUACGUCCCGCCCGAACACGAAGGCACGACAACAGGCAACGCCCUCGCCCGCAAACACCCCCUCGGCGCCCGCGCCUCCAAGCCCGGCAUCCUCGUCGUCCGCUUCGAGAUGCCCUUUGCCAUCUGGUGCGCCCACUGCCCGAAACCGACCAUUAUCGGGCAAGGCGUCCGCUUCAACGCCGAGAAGAAACGCAUCGGGUCCUAUUUUACGACGGCGAUAUGGCAGUUCCGCAUGAAGCACGCCGACUGCGGCGGCUGGAUCGAGAUCCACACCGAUCCCAAGAAUACCGCCUACGUCGUCGUCUCGGGCGCCAAGAAGCGGGAUACAGGCGAGGACAAUGGGAGGGUGCCGGAGGAAGGGGAGAUGGUCAUCCUCACGGAGGAGGAGCGCGAGAAACUUCGUAGCAACGCAUUCGCUUCGCUCGAAAAGACGAUUGAAGACCGCCAACACCUCGCGCAGGCGACGGAGCGCAUAGAUGAGUUACAGGACGCUGCGAAAAGGGCUUGGGAUGAUCCGUAUACGCGCAACAAGGCGCUUCGCGCGACGUUCCGCGCGGGACGCCACCAGCGCGAGCGGGAGGCUGCCGUGGGCGACGCCCUCAAAGAUAAGAUGAGUUUGGGGAUCGAGCUUGUGCCUGCGACGGAGGAGGAUGCGCGGCGGGCGAGGUUGGUUGAGUUUGGGGGUGUUGGGGAUGGGGUUGAUGAGGCGGGGCAGAAGGCUUUUGCGAAGCCGCUUUUUGCGUCGUCUUCUUCCUCUUCUGUUCCUCCGUCUUCAACCUCGGCCAAGGACGGAAAGUCUACAAAGACGACGAUGACAACGAAGACGGCGACUGGUAAGGCGGCGCUACUGCCCAAGGGAACACCCAAAGCAGAGGUCCUCGCUUCCAAGAGGAGGGACACCAUUGUCUCCGAGAUUGUCGGGAACACGCGCAUGGCGAGGGAUCCGUUCCUGGUCGAGACCAAGGCAGCGGAGAGGUCAUUGGCGCCGAGGAUUCCGGGGCUGAAGAGGAAGCGUGAUGAGGACGGUGGUGGUGGUGUUGGUGUGCAGCAGAAACAAGAGUUGCUGAAGACCACGGAGCCCGAGCAGAGCACACCAUCGUCCAAGUCGCUCGUGGCUUAUGAUUCCGAUUCGGAUUGA